AAUGGGUUUAUCACAAAGAGCAACAUGGAUGUACUAUUGGAGAAUUGAUUUUUCUUUUAACCAAUUCAAAGAUGUUUCAAUGAAGAAAAUAAUUUUUAUUGCUGUGUAUGCUACAGAUGUACGUUUUCCGCCAUGGGUUCAACCUGAUAUUAUAAGGGAGGCAUGAAACUAAUAAAAAUUUUACUGAAAUGAAAAUCAGUGUAGGAUCAGCAGUCAGAUGAAAGUAUCAGUAUCAGACAAAAUGGCUUCCGGGUAUGGUAUGGAUGGUAUAGAAGUGGCAGAAACUUCGUUAAACAUGAAGUCUGACGAAUUCAAGGGAUUAAAAGAAGGCAUUACAGAAGAAGAUGAAAAGGGCAAGGCCUCAACUAUUCCACCAGUAGAUACCACAGCAGCAGCUACAAAUGCAUCCAGUGGGCCCAAGACACCAACUGGCAUCACACGCCACAAAUCAGAAAGAGAGCGGAAGAUUGGGCAUCGGCGUGUUGGUGUUGGUGGAGAAAUUACAUACAAAAAGAUUCAAACAACUCAAAUUAUGGGUUCCAUACAACUUGGUAUCCAGCAUGCAGUGGGUGGACUGGCAUCAAAACCAGAAAGAGAUCUUCUCAUGCAGGAUUUCAUGACAGUAGAAACAACUAAUUUUCCAAGUGAUGGGUCAAGUCAUACACCUGCUCAUCAUUAUUCAGAAUUUAGAUUUAGAACAUAUGCUCCUAUUGCAUUCCGAUACUUCCGAGAUCUAUUUGGUAUACAGCCUGAUGAUUUUUUGAUUUCAAUGUGUAGUGCACCUCUUAUAGAACUGUCAAAUCCUGGUGCUAGUGGAAGUAUUUUUUAUUUGACAGAGGAUGAUGAAUUUAUUAUUAAAACUGUGCAGCAUAAGGAAGGUGAAUUUCUUCAGAAACUUUUACCAGGUUAUUAUAUGAACCUGAACCAGAAUCCACGUACAUUGUUACCAAAGUUUUUUGGGUUAUAUUGCUACCAGUGUAAUUCAAAGAAUGUCCGAUUAGUAGCAAUGAACAACUUGUUGCCUUCAUCUGUAAAGCUACACCAAAAGUAUGACUUAAAGGGAUCUACAUAUAAACGCAAGGCUUCUAAAACAGAAAGACAGAAGAACUCUCCAACAUAUAAGGACCUUGAUUUCAUUGAUCAUCAUCCAGAAGGUAUUGGACUGGAGGGUGACACAUACUCUGCACUUAUAAAAACCAUCCAAAGGGACUGUCGGGUACUGGAAAGUUUCAAGAUCAUGGACUACAGUUUAUUGGUAGGAGUACAUAAUUUAGAUCAAGCGGCCAAAGAUAAAGUGGAACAGAAAGCUAACCCACAGCUCGAAUCUGUAGAUACUGAAGACCAAGAAAUCACAGCUGAAGACAAGGAGAGAGAAAGAGGGGCUGCUGCUCUUAAUCGGUCACGGUCUAUAAAUAGGCAACGGUUAGUUGCACAUUCUACGGCUAUGGAGAGUAUUCAGGCUGAGAGUGAACCCAUAGAUGAGGAGGACGAUGUUCCACCUGGUGGAAUCCCCGCACGGAAUUCACGGGGUGAACGGUUACUAUUAUUUAUUGGAAUCAUCGAUAUUCUUCAGAGUUAUCGGCUAAAAAAGAAGCUUGAGCAUACAUGGAAGGCCAUGAUUCAUGAUGGGGAUACAGUUUCUGUUCAUCGGCCAGGAUUUUAUGCACAGAGAUUUCAAGACUUCAUGGCUAAGACUGUAUUCAAGAAAAUUCCUUCACUGGAUUUGCCAGAAAUUAAAGGCAAUCAUCGCAAGUUUCGCACCCUGGUCACCAGCUACAUAGCAUUGAAGCAUUCUCCAUCGAAACGUAAGAGCAUCUCUCGUCCCGUGCGUGGGGCACUGGAAGCUGAAACAGGAGAUGGAGCUGCUGUGCAGAUCACAUUGGGCACCACAGUGCAAGCCAGUAAGCCUGGGAGCCCAACUGGGGUCAGCGUUGCCCCUCCUUGUACUGCAUCCACUUCUGUCACAAUUCCCAUGUCUUCUGCUCCAUCAAAACCACCAUCUCCUCCACUGGUUACAGCUACUGCCUCUGUACCUUCGUAUCCAGCUGUACUGAAAGACCGACCUCCAAGUUUUGGGAAAAGUUUACCCCCUCCUGGUGGAGUACCAAGUGCUUCUGGAAAAAUUCCUCCUCCAGUACCUCCUCGGGGCUCUCCACUGGGGAAAAGAGGAGACGCUAGUGCUGCUUCACCCAGAGGUGGGAUUGUCAGGCAUUAUCAUACUUAUCAUCAGUUCCACCACCGCACGUUGAAGUUGGAGGAAAUGCGCAUGUCGGCACUCGAGCAACACGGUGGAUUUGUGAGCAGUCAUUCCCCUGUGCCCUGCUCUUCUACUCCUCCUCCUGCGUUCGAAGAUGCUCUUCGGGGUGAUCUUAUGGAUGCAUCUACACCACUGAGACAUAGGCUUGGCCCACUCCAUGUGACCCAUCAUAUUAUGAAGACAUAUCGUGAAUCAGAAACUGUCAGCAUAUCGGACAUAAGGCUAGAGUCUCGACCAGAUAAUAAAUCAUCUCUUAGUGUGGAAUCAAGUUCAUCCACAUCAGGUUUUGGUUCAGGAGCUACUGGAACAGGACGUACUCUGACGUGGACUCCUCCUGCCUCAGUGGAAGGCUCUACUCCCACCUGGACAGAGGGCACACCCUCCUUCACAGAAUCAUCUAGCAGUGGUGAUAUAGGUUGUCCAACGACCCCAAUCCGAAGUCUUAACGUUCGCAGAGGAAGUGAAGGUCCUAAAUCUGCAUCAGUAGAUGAUGUACUCAGUUCUCAUGACUCCGAGAUGGACUGAGGAUGUAAGGCUGAAAACUCAAAGUCAAAGAAGACCACAAAAGGAAUUCAGAUAAUUUGAAACCAGUGUAUUUUAAUGUUUAUUUGUACUAAAGUAAUACAAAAAAGAUACCAUACAAAAUACAGGGCAGGACAGUGUUCAUUCAUAAAUUUUAACAAUAGAAUAGUGAACCACAGUUUAUUAAAAUUUAUUAAAAGUGAUGUGAAUUGAAAGACAAGUGUUUGCCAUUAUCGAGGAACAUUAGAACAAAAUUACUUCUUAAAAAUAACAACCAUCAGUUGUAAAAUUGGAUGCCAUUUUAGGAAUAUUUCUCCCAGUCAUAUCCAAGCAUAUUAAACUUAUUCUUGAAUUGUGUGACAUGACACCCUUGCUUGUCAGAUCGAUUUUUCCAUUUGGUUUCAUAUGUGACUGUAAGAUGAAGUCCCUUCUCCCUCCCAUGUUGGUCUUCUGGUUCUGGGUUGUGACAUGUACAGGGGCACACACCUACAAGACCACAUGACAUCACAGCCCAGAAGAUCAGCACAGACAUCUUCACUGCCCUAACAACCUUAAAUCUAAAAAGAAAUUCUUCUUGUGGUAAAUUUGGUAUACGUAUGACCAGAAGACAUAUAACUCCAUAUGAGAUACUGUUUCUUUAUAGUUGUAAGAAAUUCUUCUAUUAAUUAUAGGGAUUACAGAUUAUUUUAAGUGUAUGUAGUUUAUAAUAGAUUAACUUGUGACACUCCUUUUUAAUAUGUAUACUGUGAAUGAAUAUUUGAAUAAGCAGGUCUGUCUGUGACCUUUUCUUCUGCAAAAAGAAAAUAUGGUCACAGUAGCCAUGUAGAUAAAAAAUAAGUGUUUACAGAUGUUCAUAUUGUAAUAAUGCCUUCUACCGAUACUUAGCAUUUAUAUUAGUUGUCCUUUGUAAGAGUACAGUAUUAACAAAAGAAAUAAGCUUUGUCUUGAUUAAGUAAAGUUCUUUCAGGCAUGUUCCAAGUUCAUAAAUUGAAGACUUCUGAUAAAUAACAUCAUGCACUUUCACCACAUUUCAGGUGUGAUCAUCAUCAGCACCCUUCACACAGUUAGGUCUAGCUGGACUGGUCACAAGUUGUAUGGAAUGGAAUUUUUCCAUCUCUUUAGAGGGCUUCCUGAGUGUUUUCUUUCUCUGGGUUGACAGUAAAAUUUAUUUAGAUGUCUUCAUGAAAUGCAUUUGUUUAUAUGAAGAAAAAAAUUAAAUGUAAUUAGUUUAUUUGGAGCCUAAUUUAACAGUUUCCUCAGCUGUUUUUCCAUCUAGGUCAGCAGUACAGUGAUAAGCACUUGUCUACCAAUUCUGUUUGCUUUUUCAGGGUCAGUUAUUCUUGUGGGGUGGUAGUCUUUCAAGCAUAUGCAUGCUACAUGAUUCUUGACAGUAUAGAUUUCUCUGGUCAUAGGUUAUGAUGAAUCUAUUCUUUUUAUUAUGAUAUUGGGAGUUCAUUGUAAAGUUUGGCCCCAAAUCAUUGUUGAUUUCACUGCCUGACAGACGUUCUGCUCAAAAUGUUUAUGUCCUGUGACCUUGUAGUCUUGGGAAAUAUUGAUGCUGCAUAUGAGAUCACUUGUGUUUUAUGAGUAUAUUAUUCUCAUGUUUAAAAACUACAAGAGGCAUGUAUGGUCAGUAGUUUGGAGUUCGUAGCUGUCUGAGCUGUCUGUGAUCAUAGAUAUUAUAGAGGUGGUAGGUGCUACUCUCUCAUUAGUGCUUGACUAGUCUUGUGUUUUAAUCUUGCUACUUUCUUGUCGAGUGUCUCAAUUUUGUGAAAGUUGUUAAUGUAUCUGUGUCCCUAUGUCUGAACAGGAAGGCCAGUGUGAUUAGUCAAGGCAUUAACUGUAGUAUAUUUGAAAUUGUGCUUCCAUUUAUCAUCUUCCAACUCACAGUAAAUUCUUUGAAAUGUAACUGCAAAGAAAUGAAUGUGCAUCUGACCUAGUAAUCUGAAAAACAGCAAAUAAUAAGAAAACUUCAUAGCAGUGACAUUUGUACAGUGAAAUGCCAUUAUAAUGAACUUCAGCAGAUUUUAAAAGUUUAUUUAAAAAAAGUUAAGUGGAAAUUAAUCUAUUAUAAAAAUUUG